AUGGCGUCCGGAGCCGUCCAGCUCUGGGCAUGGAUCCUGCACAACGGGGACCAAGGAUGGCAGCAGCGACGGGUCCUGGGCCACUUGCAGCCGCCGGGAGCGAAUCCAGUCAAUGACUUUCUGAUCGUGUGCGCGACGCCGGAUGCCGACGUCUACUUCGAGCUGGUGGACGGCACGAGCCCCGACUACCAGGCUGUGAGGUUCUCGCCGGAUCGUCGGACCAUCCCUCCAGGGAUUGCACGCGGUCAGACCUACCGCUUCAGGAGGGAGCCGACCGCGGCGGAGCUCGCCGCGUUCAUGGGCCAGGCCCGUCAGGCCGCCGACGACCUGUACAUCCAGCAGGCAGCGGCUGCCGGGCUGCCAGCGGUGGCUCCGCUGGGCCCGGCCGGGGCCGCCCCGCUGGCGGGCGGAGCCGCGCCUGCCGCGGCCGGGGCGCAGUGGGUGACAGUGGAGUCGACCACCUUUGCCUCCAGGGGGACCCCGGUCGUCCUGUCGGCGACGGACGUCGUGAAAGGCGAGGUGGGCAUCUUCACCACGCCCGCAGGCGUCGCCGUGCUGGUCCGCGACCUGCAGGCGCACCCCGUGGAGGAGUACAUGGUGAUGGAGAGCCACCACGACCUCAGGAUCAGCAAGGCGACGGUCAUCGCCUCCAAGGAUCGAGCGAGAAGCCGCUUCACCAGCUCGGACGUACAGCUUCGAGAGUCGCCGUUCCCCGAUUGGCCCGUGCCUGGGCCGAGGACGGUGAAGUGGUGCUGCGUGUGGCUCUUCAGGCGCCAAGGGGGGCCGCUCGAGCAUCACCGAUCGCUCGUCAUGACUUUCGGAUUGCGGUCCGAGGACUGGGGCGUCGAGGUUCACCGCGCGGCCACGAGGUGCCUCGACAAGGG